AUGUGGAGCGGGGACACGGGUGACCCCGUCCUGCCCGGGGGCCAGGCCGAGACCGCGGCCCCGCACCGGCCCCGCCGCGGCCCCGGCCAAGGGCGGGCGCAGAGGCGGCCGGGAGGCGCAAGGCCCGCCGGGAGCAGUAGUUCGGCGCGAGGGACGCUGGGGGCGGUAGUUUCGCGCGCCGCCCGCCCCGCCGCCGCCGGGCGGCUGCACUACAUUUCCCAGCAGGCAGCGCGGCGCGGCCGCGGCCCGGCCUGGGCGCCUCCGGCCUCGGGGGCACGGGGCGCAGCGGGGCCGGGCCGGGGUGAGCGGCGGCGGCGGCGGCGGCGGGGCUGGGCCGGGCCCGGGCCCGGGCCCGAUCGGGGGGGCUGGGCCCGGGCUGGGGCGGCCGGGCCCCGACUGGGGCUGCCGAGCCUAGGUGUGCCACCCGCACCUGGCACCAUGGACGCGCCGCCCAUCACGCCUGGGGAGCUGCUGUGUCUGGGCUCCAGCCUUGCCUUCUCCGGCCUCUUCUACUACCUGUACAGGAAGAAAGCCAGAGUCGUGGCACGCAUACAGGAGGCCCCAAAGCUCCAGGUUGACGACGAUUUACCAGCGCUGGUGUCUGCGGCUGAUGGGAGGUGCCUGCCUUACGUUGCCCUGGAAGGCAUAGUGCUGCCAGCCAAGGCUGCGCUGACCAGCCAUUACCAUGAGGGGCUGCAAGGCGUGAUCCAGAAACUGCUUCUGAAAGAGCAUCGGCUGAUCUGGAACAGCUUGGCCCGGAGCUGGAGCGAGAGCGAGCGGGUGCUCUCAGAGCAGGUUUACACCGUCCCCUUCUUGCUGGCCUCGCCAGACGCCGAGGCGCUGACACAGGUGAGCGUGGAGAGCCCGCUCCGAGCCAUCUGCCUGCCCCUGGAGACAGUGUAUGAGCGGUUCCAGCAGCCGGCCCACGGCUUCCGUGACCUGCUGGGCCAGUACCUGAGCGGAGAGAAGCCCAAGGGCAUCCUGGAGACGGAGGAGAUGCUGCGGGUGGGGGCCGGGCUGACGGGCAUUGGGGAGCUGGCCCUGCACCCUGACGGCUCCCUGCACCUCCAGCCGCCGGCCCGGGGGGGCGAGUAUUUCCUGUGCUUGGGGGACUGGCAGACGGUGCUGGCAGACCUGGAGUCGGCCAGCGGGCUCUGGAAGGGGGCUGCCGUGCUGUGCGCCGUGGCAGGCCUGGCCGUCCUCCUGCACGCCCUGUGCCGUGCCUACCGCCGUGCCCGCCUCAAGCAGCAGCCCGAGGACAAGGAGCUGGAUGGCGAGGAGGCCGGGGACUGGGGGCCUGAGGACUCCUGCGUGAUCUGCCUGACGCGGCCCCGCGAGUGUGUCCUCUUGGGCUGCGGCCACAUCUGCUGCUGCUUCCGCUGCUUCCAGGCCUUGCCCACCCGCCUCUGCCCCAUCUGCCGGGGGCCCAUUGACCGUGUGGUGCCCUUUUACCAGGCCUAAGAGCACCUGGGCGGGGGCGGAGGGGGGUGGGCCCAGGGAGAGGCAGCGUGAACCAAGCCAAGCCCGGAGCCUGCAGAAAUCUCAUCUGUCCCAUCAUGUGAUUCCUGUUGGGAGGGAAGGGUGCUCGUGUCCCCCAUGUCUGUUUUUUGGAGUGGGGGGGAGUUAUAGCCACCUCGUCCUCUCUUUGUCUACCAGAGGGACACCCCCCCUCCAAACACAAAGGCCUGGGGGAAACGUACUCGGUGCCUGAGCCGGGGGCCGAGUUCCUGGCCCCACUCUGGCAAGUGGCUGUUUGACCCGUGCCCCUUUCCUGGCCCUGACCCCCUCAAAAGCCACGCAGGACUUCUCCCUUGUUUUGACUUCUUCAGCGCGUGGCUUCAUCCAUGGGGAGGAUGGUAGGGGCUGGACCAGGGCUGGCGGGACACAGCCACCAGGGUGGGGUGAUGGAGACCCCCCAAGCCACCACAGUGGCACACCUUGGUGCCACCGUCAUCCACCCCCCUCCCAAUCUGUGUGCCUACAGCCGCUGCCCAGACUGUGCAGGGACACCCAGGGGCUGGCAGCAAUGAAGUGUGCCCCUUCGCCGGCCGCUCUGCCACCCGGGGAGGGGGACAAUGUCCCUCCCUCCCUCUCCGGAGGGUCCCCUGCCUGUGCCUCCUGUCCCCGCUCCCGACCCGGACGAGGCACGGGAGCAGCUUGUGGCGUGUGGAGUGAUAAAGCCAAGGAG